GAAAAUACAACAUUACCAGCAUCAACACUUGUUGCCAUUACAUUUACAGCAUGCUUUGUUUCAAUGUUUGCCAUGGCUGAUCAAACAGCAAUACCCAUAAUACUACCAUUCAUAGUUGAAGAUUUAGAUGCACAUAACACUAUUCAAUGGGCAGGAACAGGAGCAUUGAUUUCCAGUACAAUAUUCAACAUUAUUAUAGGAAGAUUUGCUGACUUCUUUGGUAGGAGAUUGAUGAUGAUAAUUAGUUUAUUCAUUAUUGGUAUAUUUGAGGUAAUGUGUGUAUUUGCUUGGAACUCAACAGCAUUUUAUAUUUUCCGGGCAUUAACAGGUUUAGGAAAUGGUGGCACAAUUUCAUUGGCUAUUGUAAUAGUAUCAGAUAACGUGGCACAUGAGCAGAAAGCCACAUUCCAAGGCCUUUUGGGUUUAUCAAUAGGUAUUGGAAGCUGUUUUGGUCCCUUUUUAUCCUCAGCAUUUGUUUCAAAUAUUCGUCAUGUUCAUAGUGGCUGGAAACAAUAUUUCUUUCUAAUGGGUUGUGUUUUCAUCCUAUCAGGAUUUCUGAGUAUUCUCACAUUGUCCCAGACAAAAGAGCACAAGCAAGUUCAGCCAAAAAAAAUACUAAAAUCAAUUGACUUUCCAGGUUUAAUCUUUAGCACAGCCGUUGUGAUUUUAAUUCUAUUACCAUUGAAUAUGGGUGGGUUAAACUGGAAUUGGAAAGGGUUGAAAGUUAUUUUGUGCUGUGUCUUUGCAUUUUUAUCAUUUGUGGUAUUAAUUUUGGUUGAGUAUGGUAAUAAAAGUUCAGCAUUGAUACCAAUGAGUUCAUUUACAAAUUUCAAAGUCUGCAACUUUAUUCUUCAAACUUUUCUCAUCAGCAUAGUUUAUUCUUCAAUGAUCUAUCAUUUGCCAAUUUAUUUCACCAGUGUCCAUGAAAUAGACACUUCACAUAUUCCAAUUAUCCUAUUAGCUAUGUUAAUUCCAUUAGCAUUAGGAUCAGCAGUGUCAGGGCCAAUAAUUUCCUCCUUGAAUCGCUUCAAAUAUGUUAUAGUUUUAGGGUACACACUUGUUCUCAUGAGUCUAGUAAUGCUUUGCUCAACACCAAAGACACCAUUGAAAAUCAAACUUCCAUUUAGCAUCAUAACAUUAAUAUUCAUGGGCACUGGAUUUGGAUUUAUCUUUACUCCAUUAACCACGGGAAUUCAAAGUCAAGUUUCAAAAAAAGACGUAUCAGUUGUGUUAUCAACAAAGGCUGUUAUGAAGAAUUUUGGUAAUUCAUUGGGUAUUGCAAUGUCCUAUGUCAUCUUUUCAAAUAGUUUGAUUACUAAAUUGGAAAAAUUGGAAUUGAAUGAAAAUUCUAAAAAUUUUGUUAUGAAAAGUCUUGGGAAAAAAAUGAAUCUUUCAUUUUUAUUUCAUGGAGAAUCAUUGAUUGAAUUGGAAAAGAUAUAUGCAAGUUCUUUGAAAAACGUUUUCAUUGUAUGGAUUCCAGUUACAAUUAUCUGUUUGGUUUUAUCUUUAUUUCUUGAAAACAAAGGAGUUGAAAACAUUGCAGAUGAAUAG